AUGCAGCAGCCUAUGGAAGGCAGAGAUCCAGACUCCAGAUGCGCACAAUACAUGCCAGUUGAGAAUGUUGAAUCGAUCGAAAAAUACGAAGCGGGGGGUUACCACCCAGUCCAGAUUGGCGACCGCCUUGGCCCGGACGGCCAGUACUAUGUUGUUCACAAGUUAGGCUUCGGUGGUCACUCUACCGUAUGGCUGGCACGUGACGAGAGAAACAGCCGGUACGUGGCAAUCAAGAUUGCAUUGUCAACAGACUCUGUCAACCCGGUGGAGAGACAUACGCUGGAGCGGAUACAGGAAUCGACCCCAGCAUGCAGCGCCGCCCGAGACCAUCUGCCUACAGUUUUGGCCGCAUUCACCCAAAGCGGUCCCAAUGGCACGCAUGAAUGCCUCGCCAUCAACCCAGGAAUGUGUAGUCUUUCCGCGAGCAAGUCAGCUUCAGAUGGAGUAUGGCUAUUUGACCUGGACGUGGCCCGUUCCCUGACAGCACAACUGAUCCGGACAGUGGCAUUCUUACAUUCACAAGGUGUCGUUCAUGGAGACCUACAUCCCGGCAAUGUCCUCCUCCAGCCACAGGACCUGAGCUCGCUCUCCGUCGAGGAUCUCUAUGCCGAGUACGGUUCACCAAUAAGAGAAGCCGUGGUGCGUCUAGAUCAAGCUCCGCUAUCCAAGCACGUCCCACCAUACGUUGUGCUUCCGGUCUGGCUUGGGAAGCCCUGCGAAGAUAUCACUGUCCAACAUGCUGAUGCCCUAAUCACCGACUUUGGAGAAGCUUGGCAGCCUCUGGCCUGCUCGCGGCUCACCUUGAAUACGCCUUGCGUGUUCCGCCCACCUGAGGCUAUGUUCGCCGAGGCCGAGCGGAGGCCAAUCGGGUUUGCCGCAGAUAUAUGGACUCUGGGCUGUACUAUUUACUCCAUCUUUGCCCAGAGGGACUUGUUUGAAGGGUUUUCACCAGACGAGGACGACAUCCUGGCCGAGAACAUAAGUGCGCUGGGUAAGCCGCCUGGGGAUUGGUGGGAGGCUUGGGGGGCUCGCAAGCAGUUCUUUAACGAGAGUGGAGAAUGGGCGGUCAAGUCCCCUAGGAUCUGCGAUGGAGAGUCCCGUUCGUUGGCUACUAGGGUGGGCUACAUUCAAGAGGACAGACGUGGCAACGUCGCUACCGAGGAAAUGGCGGACCUCUACGACUUGCUAGAAAGCAUGAUUAGAUGGCGGCCAGAGGAGAGGAUCUCAGCAGAUCAGCUGGUUGCAGGGAAAUGGAUGAGGAAAUGGGGGUCGUAA